CUCCAAAGCAUGACGUACUCCGACGGUCUCGGGGGAAUAUAUGUAAAGGAAGUAGCAUUGCUACUUUCGCAAUAUUCAGACUGCCCUCUUCUGCUUCAUUUACCCGGAAAUUUAAUACCAUAAAUAAGUUUGCUUCAAGCACAUCCAUCAAUCAUAUAUAUCAUGUCGAACCUCUCCUUCAAAGAUCAGUACGAGCAGAAGAACGAAAUCCCCAGUGACGGCACUACCAGCGACCCCAUAGAUAACAGCUAUGUCAGCCGCACAGGCCAAUCCCAGAUCCCCGUCCAGAAAGAUGAAGCUCCCGUAGAGGAUCCCAUCGACCCUGACGUUGCUGACUCCAACGAACAAUUAGCCAGUGAUGAUAAGGAAGCCAUCGACCAGAGUAACAUCAUGGACUCUUGCACCCGCGGAGCCACCAAACAGGCUGGCACCUAUGCUGAGCCUGGGAUGAGGGAAGUCUUCCCGGCCCUGGGGAUGGAACUUCUUCCAUUCGCAAGUAAGGACUUCACGAGAUCAGCCAUGUCAGACGUGGUACGUGCAAAAUAAUUCGACAGUUUGGGAACUAUGGUAUCGGGACAUUUUGUGAGAUUAGCUUCCACCUAUAAUCAUAUAAGCCGGCGUAUCAUAUCUUGCCUACAUCUUUC